CCGAGAAACCCGAGAGCGCACCGACCAAAGUAACAAAACACAAACAUGGCGCCUACUUGCUGCCAUACAGACUGACGCUGGAGAGCAACAAAGUUUCCAGGAAUACACAGAGCGCGCUCGUCGCGUACAUUGUUGGGACGUUUUAUUCUCAUUUGAGACGGGGUGAAAGCUGCAACUUGCCUACAUGUCAACGUGUUUUCCUGUAGAGGUCUGAACAGCUGAUCUCAUCUUUGGACACAGAAUGAUCAACACACAGUGAAUGGAUUACGAUGCUAAAAACACCUUCGCCACUAUGCUCAAUCACUGAACUUUCAUUGAUCAUGAACUUUUCAACCUUGGACACAUCAUCUUCAGUCUGUAUGUGGCAGAGAAAACUCUGAUCCGUCACUGAAACUGCAGUCUGGCUCCACAAGCAGUGUCUAUCAGUUGGAAUUGAAAUUGAAUUUUCCUGCUCUAUCUACCAAGCACUUCCACCUGGCCCGUCCAGCCAUGAUUGAGGAUAAGGGUCACCGCGUGACGGACUACUUUGUUGUGGCUGGCCUGACAGACAAGUCCACCCCACUAGAACAGGAUCUGUCUGAAGCCAAGUCCAGCAGGCCCAAGUCUGCCAUCACAGACCUGGCCGUCAUCAACAGGUCAGCCGGAGAAACAGUCCCUGAAGGUUUCACCUGCAUUGAGAGCACCUAUAGCGGCCAGCCAGCCAAUCUCAACCAUGGCAGUCUCAAGAGCCCAGAACUCUUUCUAUGUUACAAGAGGGGUCGCGGAAAGUCCCCACUGAUUGACAUUGGGGUGCUGUAUGAGGGUAAAGAGCGGCUCAUUCCGGGCUGUGAGGUCGUCCAGGCCACACCUUUUGGCCGCUGCGCAAACGUCAACAACAGCUCGGCCACAUCCCAACGCAUAUUCAUCACCUACCGUCGAGCGCCCCCUGUCCAGCCGCAGAACUCGCUGGCUGUCACUGACAUAUGCGUCAUCAUCACAAACAAGGGCGAAACUCCUCCUCACACUUUCUGCAAGGUGGACAAGAAUCUCAACUGUGGCAUGUGGGGAUCAAGUGUCUUUUUGUGCUACAAGAAGUCAGUGUCUGCCUCCAACUCCAUCGUCUAUAAGGCUGGUCUGAUAUUUCGAUAUCCAGAGGAAGACUAUGAGUCAUUUCCCCUCUCAGUGUCUGUGCCCCUGUUCUGCCUACCUAUGGGGGCCAAGAUUGAGUGCUGGGCCCCCAACACACGCUACCCAUUACCUGUCUUCUCCACAUUUGUCCUGACCAACUCCAAUGGAGAAAAGGUGUAUGGAGCUGGUAUACAGUUCUUUGAGCCGUAUCCUGUGGAGGGCCUCAGUGAGAAACAGAAGAUCCAACUAGGUCUGCUCUCUGCUGUGGACAAGAACGUCAUACCCAACCGCACUGUGAACACCAACAAGUGCAUCUGCCUGCUGUCUCGUUGGCCUUUCUUUGAGUCAUUCAGGAAGUUUCUCAUGUUCCUGUACAAGCUGUCUGCCAAUGGAGUCAACCCACUACCCAUUGAGAAACACAUAUCCCACUUCAUGCACAAUGUCUCCUUCCCUUCACCUCAGAGGCCCAGAAUACUGGUGCAGCUGUCAGCACAUGACACCUUAAUCCUGUCCCAACCUGUUUGUACACCUUUACCACUAAGUGGAGCAGACUAUAGCACUCUGCUCAUGAUUUUGGGCCCAGAAAACUGUGCCACAUUGCUACACUUCAUCCUGCUGGAGAGCAAGAUCCUGCUGCACUCCCUUAGACCAGCCGUACUGACUGGAGUGGCUGAGGCCGUUGUGGCGAUGAUCUUUCCAUUCCAGUGGCAGUGUCCGUAUAUCCCUCUGUGUCCUCUGUCUCUGGCUGGAGUCUUGAACGCACCAUGUCCCUUUAUUGUGGGCGUGGACUCUAGAUACUUUGACCUCUUCGAUCCCCCACCCGAUGUAGUCUGUGUGGACCUGGACACCAACACUAUAUAUUUGUCUGAUGAAAAAAGACACAGUAACUGGAAGAACCUCCCAAAGAAGUCAUGCAAGAGUCUCAUCAACUCACUGGGAAACCUGCAUCACCAACUUGCCACUAUUCGGCAGGCGGCACUAGAAGGCUCGGCGGUGGAGAUGACUCCUAUUGAGGCUGACUUUACCUGGCAUAAGAAGAAGACAGAGCUGGAGAUGGAGAUCCAGGAGACGUUCUUGCGCUUCAUGGCCACCAUUCUGAAGGGCUACAGAAGCUACCUCAAACCCAUCACACAGGCACCUUCUGAGAAGGCUACUGCUGCCGACUCACUCUAUGACCUGCAAGGAUUCCUGAAGAGUAGAGAUCGUGCUCACCAGAAGUUCUACUCUCAGCUCACCAAGACUCAGAUCUUCAUCCGAUUCAUAGAGGAAUGUACUUUUGUCAGUGACAAAGACACCGGCCUGGCCUUCUUUGAUGACUGCAUUGAGAAACUUUUCCCUUCUGACAAAGGAACGGACAAGGGCACAAAGGUGGAAGGUGAGUCUUUUGAGGAUACCAGGUUGAUGGAACUGGAUGAGUCGCAGAAGAGUGAGCAUACAGUCUUCGUCAUGCCUCCCGAACCCCCUCCAGAAGACGGAACUGACCCUGCUCCAAAAUACUGUUAUAAGAAUUUCCCUUGUUUGCGGUUGGAGCUCUUUGAUCGUCCGCGAGAGCUGAGGCCAGCGCUGAGCACUGGAGCUGCAGGGGCCAGUGUGUCCAGUAGCCCCGCCCUGGUGGCCAAGAGAACUAAACAGGAAAUCAAAAUGGCCUGCAAGUUGGCAAAGCGUUUCUACUCCAAUCCCCCCCAGUGGGCGAAGUGUCUGUUCAGUCACUGCUACAGUCUGUGGUUCAUCUGUCUUCCUGCUGGCAUGCGCGCAGCGCAGUCCAAACCCAGAGCCAUGCAGCAGGCCUUCAACAUUCUGCUUAAGAUGAGGAGCUCUGAGGUGGAGGUGCUCGAUGAGGUGUGUUACCGUGUGGUGAUGCAUUUGUGUGGUCUGUGGGGGAUGCCAGUCAUGGCUGUGCGUGUCUUAAUGGAGAUGAAAAAGGCUGGAGUUCAACCCAACGCUAUUACUUACGGAUACUACAACAAGGCUGUUCUGGAAAGUCCCUGGCCGAGCCGGAACCGCAGUGGAAUAUUCAUGUGGACCAAAAUGAGGAACCUGGUGCGAGGAGUGAUGCAGUUUAAACAGGCACUGCAUGGGACAGCUCCUCCUAAUGGACCUUCUCUGAUAACUACAGAGGUAUCAGCAGGUAUAGCUGCAGGUGGUGAUGGAGACAGACUGAGUCACUGCAGUGCAGACAGCUCAAAUGAGACUAAUGUAGAGGAACACACUCUUUUUUCCCGGAGCCUCAUAGUCGAGGACGCUACUGACAGUCAAUUUAGUACAGGUGGUCAGUCUGAUCAGGGUUAUGGAUCUAAGGACGAGCUGCCCCAGGACCCCACAGAUGCUUCUAUAACCUCUGCUCCCCUGUCCAGUGACCACACCAGCAGCAGCAAAGCCAGCAAGGCCCAACAGAAUGGGGAUGAUAUCGCUAGCUCUGUGGACAGUGUUGUAGCUGUGACGGAGCCGUCCAGUCCUGCUGAGGUGGCGCUUCCUGGUGCCAGCAUUGUUAAACUGUCCACCGGGAGCUUUGACAGCAAUGCAGGCAGAGAAACUGCAGGUGUUAGCACAGGCAAACUCUUCAUGCCCCGCAAAAAGAGUGAAGAUAUAGCCCUGCCUGUGGAGGACGAUUCCACAAACCUGGAUUCGGUCUGUCAAACUGCACAGCAGCAGAGAGUGAAAGCGUUUGCAGAGCGCAGCUGCAGUUUCAGCGCUGAAAGCAAAGCAGGCAUGCUGCAAAAAAAGGGCAGUCUGGAGAUCAGCGUAGAUCAUAUGGGCGCUGAUGCAAAAAUCCUCGCUGCCGCUUUCCCUGGCAGCCUCACCCCUCCACCUUCUGCAACCGUCCCUCCCUUUAAGGAGUUUAAGGCGGAGUCCAUGCUAAGCCCCACCCUCAUGGAGGAGGAACUUGAAUAUAAGCAGCAAAUGGAUCACGGAACAAGUUCUGAGGGACAUGGGAAGAAUAAAGUGGAGGAACAAAGAAAAGAGGGAGAUUCAGUGGAGGUGACGACACCCCCAGGGAGUGAAGGAGUUGGGCGGAGCAUAAGCAUUGGCUCCUCCUCCUCUAAAACAGUGGAGAGGGAGGAUGUUGAGGUGGGGGCGGAUCCUCUCUCAGUCUUUGCUUCGGAAAAGGAGGACGCAGCCUCGAUUCAAAGCCAGGAGUCCACGCGCCCCUUUCCAGCUGUGGUAUCCAGGAAACUUGCAGAUGAAAUCGAGAUGUACAUGAGCUUAAAGAGUCCACUGGGUGCAAAAUCUCCCAGCAUGGAGUUGCAACAGGGGGCAAACCGCGACUUGGGUGACUGCCCGGACUCGCCAGCAGCUAAGCAGCCUUUGGAAAGGAGAUCGAGCCUUCCAGCUGGCCCGGUCAAAGGACCUAGUUUAACGGAGACUCCGAAACAAAGCCCUGCCGUGACCCGCUCAAAGACCUUCGCCGUCAAGUCAUCCAAGACCCCGGGCUCUGCAGGUCAAAGGUCAUCAUCACUGACCGCACUUGUGAAGUCGUCACAGAGCAGCUCAUUGGGAUCUGUCAUCAACUCCAUAUCAGGAAUCAAGAUAGACUCGCUGAUGUCAGGGCCUAAAGUUGACAUGCUGAAAUCAGGCAUGAAGCAGGCAGCCAAUGUGGCCAGUAAGAUGUGGGAUGCAGUGGCCUCAGCGUAUUCCUACUCUGAUGAUGAGGAGGAGAAUUCCCAGCCCAGAGACAGUUUCCCAGCCAGGCUGGAAGAACAGUUUCUGUCCUCUGAGGGAACAACAGACACCCCAAGAGGCCUAAUGCCCAGCCUGGCAUCAAAUGGGCUCACACGCAGCAAUACCAGCCUGGGCAGCAGCAGCGGGAGCAGCGAUACCGGCCGUGGUCAGCUGCCAACACCUUUGACUCCAAGUCGGUCUAUGAGAGGCGCAGACUCGGAAAGGUCUGAACACAGUUCCUCUCAUCACGCCAGCACCUCCAGCAUUUACCAGAAUUGUGCUUUAGAGGUGCUCAUGUCGAGCUGCUCUCAGUGUCGUUCAUGUGAGGCUCUGGUGUAUGAUGAGGAGAUCAUGGCAGGCUGGAUGGCAGACGACUCCAACCUCAACUCCACCUGUCCAUUCUGUCAGAUUUCAUUCCUCCCUCUGCUCCAUGUAGAGUUCCAUGACCUACGCACCACACCAGGCUUCUAUUUGAAGACAAGCACAUCAGGAGACAGUAUACACAGCUCCAGCACUCAGCCAGCCACCUCUGGUUCCUCAGAGGUCAAAGUGGGCAGUCUUAGUGACCCUCCUGACCUCAUGAGCUGCCCUGAAUCGCCUGAGGACGGCGAGGGUUCUGUCGAGAUAACCGUUUCUCAAUCUGGAAAUUCUAAGAUUCUUGUGCCAGAGCCAGUGCAUUCACACCCCCUGGGUCUAAUGGAGGGGCAUGCUGAGAAGCGCAACACCUCUUUGACCCGCAGUAACAGUGUGGGUGGCCCUCUGCAGAGCCUGGACUGCACCCAGUGGCCCAGUCACGGCAUAUCCACCACCAGCCUGCCCACCAGCCUGCUAGAGGUGGCGGACACUUUGGGUCAAAAGAGACCAAACCCCAAACCAGUUUCUGUGCCGUAUCUCAGUCCGCUGGUCCUGCGCAAAGAGCUGGAGUCACUAUUGGAGAAUGAGGGGGAUCAGGUAAUCUAUACCCAUAAGUUCCUCAGUCAACAUCCCAUCAUCUUCUGGAACCUGGUGUGGUAUUUCCGCCGCUUGGACCUACCGAGCAUUCUGCCUGGACUCAUCCUCACCUCUGAACACUGCAACAAUGGAGUACAGCUGCCGCAGACAUCUCUGUCUCAGGACAGCAAGCAGGUGUAUUUGCAGCUGCUGUGGGACAAUGUGAACUUACAUCAGGAGCCCACUGAGCCCCUUUAUCAGCUCUGGAGGACCUUCUUGCAAAGAAAGGGAACUCUAGCCCCCACUGACCACCAAGAGACAAGGACUCUGUUGAACAGCAUUGUACGCAACAUCCAGACAAACGAUGUUUACGGACCCAUCAACCUACUCCUCAGAGAGAUCAAGAAACGGCCAGACGUUAAGCGACAGAGGAGUAUCUACAGGGAAAUAAUGUUUCUGUCACUUGUUGCUUUGGGGAGGGAGAACAUAGACAUUGAGGCCUUUGAUCGCGAAUACCGUCUUGCAUACGAUGAGCUCAGCACAGAGCAGCUCAAAGUCCUGUCCCCCAUCGACAGACCACCUAGCAAAAGCGUGCAAUGGUGUCUCAAGUGCUUCGGAGCCCCAUUUAUCUGAUCUAACCCACAGUGCCUGUUGAAUCUCUGAGGCACGGAGUGGAUGAUGAUUUGUGGAGACAAACUCUUGUACAGUCGUUUCAUUUGUGUGCACUAUCCCCCAGAAAAUGAUACUUUUUUAUCAUUUACCAGAAUAAAAGUUUAUUGUCUCGUUUGCUCUGAAAUUCCUGAGAGUGUCAUGGCGCGAAAUUUGUAUAGCGAGUAGAAACUGCGUUUUUACCGUGUUGGCCUUCAGAUGUUGUGCAAGCUCUGUUCGGACUGCAAUGGAAGUAAAUGAUGACCUCGGUGUAGGGCGAAAAAUUCUUCACACAGAAAGACUUUGGAAGUUCUCAACACACUGUCCUUCUAACUUCAGCCUACCCAUGGAAGGAGUCUUGUGUAUAUGGGAACAGCGUUCUGGAGAGGUGACAGUGACAAUGGUCUUAUUCAAUGUGCACUUCCAGAAAUGGUUGCUUUGUCGUUCUUCUCCAUUGUUGCGUUGUGUUUUUAUAUAUGUAUUUUUUCUACAUUGGAAUAUUUGAACUCUGUUGCCUUUCUCAAAGUGAGGGAUCGUGAUCUAGAUUUUUGCUGAGUCUUAAACGCCGAGCCUAUUUAGGUAAACCUGGGUCAUGAGUGUCACAGUGCAUCGUGAGAGGUUUGCGUGUGUGUGUGAAUGUGUGUAUGUUUGUGUGCAUUGCCUAGACCACACCACAAGAUACUGUGACAGCGGACAAUCAAAUUAAUUCCAGAACAUUCCAGAAUGCAUCUCUAGUGUCUUAAAGAGAGGUGGAAUCAUUACGAAGGAUGGUCUAGUAGUAGAAUUUUGAGUAUUUUUUCUUAAAAAUACUAUUCAGACCUUAAUGUUUGCUAAUGAUGUAUUGAGGGGAAAAUCAUGAAAUACAUUGGGAAUUUAGGAGUCAACUUAUGAAGUGAUUUAACUCAUUCAUUUAUUCAUUCAUUCAUUCAUACACAUGCUUGUUUUUCUUCACACAUUUACAAAAGAACAGUUUGUAAUCUCUCCAUACUGAAUGGAUACAGCAAUGACUCUUAAACAUCAGAAAAGAAAACAUCCAUUGAACUUUAUGCAAAAAUGUAUAUCUCAUUUUUUUUUAACUGUUGCUUUUUAAUCUCCUAGAUUUAUUCUUAUGGGAUACUAGUGUCCAUUAAUUUCCUGAGCAGAAAACUCAGUCUUAAAGUCUGUUUUGCAGUCCCGUUGUACAAGCGAAUCCAAAGGAUGUAUAAACCUUCCAGAUACUGUCAUUAGAAAAUAAAUCAGUGAAGAAACUGAAAUAGAUCUUGUGCCUUGUUAUCAAGCCAAGAUAGAAUUUAUAGGAUUUGUAAAACUGAAGAUUUAUUUACUACUAAUAAAUUAACAUGAUAGAGUGCAAUUGGUUUGCCUUAAUUUAUCAUUUUAAUUCUUACUAUUUUAUUUGACUGAAUAUAUGUAUUUUUGAUAGCCAGUGUGAAUGCAACAUUAUCCCUUGGUUUUUUUGUCCCUUGAAAUGAUCCAAAUGUAAACAAAUAUCUGGCAUUAACAAAUUACUAUUUUGUCAUAUCAUUAUCCAGAUAAUGUUAUUGUGUGUGUGUGAUACUCAUGUAUACAACUGUAUCCCCAAGAACAACAGAGCACAGUAAAUACAAAUCAAAAAUGGAUGUUUAACCCAGAGCUCACUAAAUCUAGAAUACAAACUAAUGUUCAGUGAGAACAAGAGUAAGAAAGGUUAACAUAUACCGUAUGUAUAUAUCACAAUGCAUUUUUUUUUUUGUUCUGGACAGAUAUAGACUGUAUGUCCUAGCAGAGCAGGUGUACCAUUAUCUCAUUGUUAGUCUGAAUGUUUGCAUUGCUUGGCCACUUAAAAGAGGAAAAACUCUUGCGGUUAUGUGCAUCAAACUGUUGAAGAAUGAUCAUCUGGAGCUUUAUUAUUUAGGAAGUGAUUUAAUCUGUGUCGAGUAUAUAUGUUCAGAAACAUUACUGCAUACAAUGAAGACCUGGCCCAUUCAGCGCUCUCAUUCUGCAAUAAGUCUGGCUUCUUAUCUAUCAUUUUAUUCACUGGCUACAAACUAAAACACAUUGAUUUGACCGACUUGAGAGUCCCAAAUUAACUGCCAUUGUUUUUUUCAGACUAUGGUUGAGCUUAAGUGUUUCAUUCCUAUAAUAAUAUACUAAUGUAGCAUUCCAACUCAAUUUAUAUCCUGACAAAAUUGUGUUCAUUAUAGUAUUUUCACACCAUAAAUGUGGAUAAUUAGCCUCAAGAAUGGAUAAUACUGACAAACCAAAAAUAUACUGUUGUGACACUUGUGAAAUGUAUACAUAAGACUGAUGUGGACUUCAUAUCCUGCAGUUAACAUUCACAGGUCUUAAACUAAUCCCGUGUAAGUGUUGGAUAUUGUCGGCUUACAUAAAGCAAUGCGUGAGUAUCUUUGACCUAUAUGUCUUUAAACCAUGAAUUGUAGGACUGCAGUUAUAGUUAAAAAGAGCUCAUCAUAACCAGGGUUUAAAAUUGCAUAUAUGAUACAAUAUGUCUUCUUUUACCAUCCUGUGAAAUGGAAGUGCAUUUGUCACACUGCAAUAAAUACAUUUUGC